GCGGGCGCCCAGCUCCGUCUCCCCCAGAGGCAGCCGGAGCGACGAUGCCUUCCGUCAUGGAAAAAUCGGGGAUCCUCUCCAGGAGCCGGGCCAAGUCGGCCACCUACGGCCCCCACCCCAAUUCCGAGGAUGAGAGCAGCGAGGAGGAACACUCGCACGAUAGUAUGAUCCGGGUGGGAGCAGAUUACCAGGCAGUCAUUCCAGAGUGCAAACCAGAGAGCCCGGCUCGAUACAGCAAUAAAGAGUUGAAAGGCAUGCUGGUCUGGUCACCCAACCACUGCGUUUCCAACGCCAAAUUGGACAAAUACAUCGCCAUGGCCAAGGAGAAGCACGGCUACAACAUUGAACAGGCUUUGGGGAUGCUCUUGUGGCAUAAACACGAUGUGGAGAAGUCGCUGGCCGAUUUAGCCAAUUUCACGCCGUUCCCCGAUGAAUGGACGGUGGAAGACAAAGUCCUGUUCGAACAAGCCUUCAGCUUCCAUGGGAAAAGCUUUGCUCGGAUCCAGCAGAUGCUUCCUGACAAGUUAAUCCCCAGCUUGGUGAAAUAUUACUACUCAUGGAAAAAGACGAGAAGUCGGACAAGUGUGAUGGACCGGCAAGCCCGCAAGUUGCUCAGCAAGAAGGAGAAGGAUGACAGCAGCGAUGAACUGGAAGAGGCCCGCCAGGCCAGCGAAGGCGAAUUUGACGCCAUGGAUCCCAAGAAGGAGCCUAGUUAUCCGAAGGCCCCCAACAGCAAACCUGGGCCAAUGAAAAAGGAGGUCCAGCUGCCUCAAUAUCGGCACCACCCUCUCCGCGCUCGCCGGCGCCCUCCGAAGGGCAUGUAUCUGAGCCAGGAAGGCAUCACGGGCCUCUCCGCCAGUCCUGACAUGGCCGUGCUCACGUUGCGCCAUCUGGACUCCCAGCUAGUUUCGCUAAAACGCCAGGUGCAGAGCAUCAAACAGAUCAACAGCAGCAUGAAGCAGGCGCUGGGCGAAGGGAUACACAAACUGCGCCCCCCUGAGACUAACAUCAAGUUUAAUUCCCGCUGGACCACGGACGAGCAGCUGCUGGCGGUGCAGGCCAUCCGGAAAUACGGCAAGGACUUCCAAGCCAUUGCCGAGGUGAUCAGUAACAAGACGGUGGCGCAAGUGAAGACCUUCUUCGUCAGCUACCGCCGGCGCUUCAACCUGGAGGAGGUGCUGCAGGAGUGGGAGGCCGAACAGGAGGGCCUGGCUCCGGCCCCCCCGCAAGGCAGCUCGCCCCCCCGGGAGCAGAAGAGCGGCAGCGAGGAAGAGGACGAGGUCCAGAUCACCGCUGUAUCGCGAUCGGCGCAGCCGCCCCCUGCCCAGCCGCCGCAGCCUCCCCCCACGCUUCCCGCCUCCCCCCGGCCUCCCCCCGUCGCGCUCUCCCAGCCUCCCCCCUUGCUGAGGCCCACCCUGCCCACAGCACCCAUGCUGCACCGCCAGCCGCCCCCCCUGCAACAAGGGCGCUUCCUCCAGCCCAGACUUUCCGUCAACCAGCUGCCGCCCCCACUCAUCCGACCGGUGGGGUCCCGGCAGGCCCUGCCGCGGGGGUCCCAGCACCCCCCAUCGCUGCUCAGUGGGACGGGAGACCCACCCCCUCUGCCCUCCUUGGGGUCCCUUUGA